UCCCCAGUUCAGAGAACCCAGGCAUCCAGCUGCCUCACCCUAGCUCUGGGUAAACAGGAAGCAGGGUCAGGGGAGCAGGGGUGUGCGGAAAGUCCCAGCCAGGUGUAUGGGUCUUUGGGGAGAGUGUGGCCCCACCCCUGAGGUAUGAAAGCCCCCCUGCCCUGGCCCUAGCUCAGACUCCAUGGGGGAACGGGGGCUGGAGGGCCGGGGUAGGAGGCCCCAGCGGAAAGGAUGCCUGCUGCUGGCUGUGGCAGGAGUCACUUCCCUGGUGACCCUCCUGCUGGCCGUGCCCAUCACUGUUGUGGCUGUGCUGGCCUUGGUGCCCCAGGAGCAGGAAGGAUUGAGUCCGGGGAGCUGCCUGAGGAGGACUCAGAAACUGAUCUCAGCCCUAGGCUCCCAGCUGCCCAUCUCAUUGGUAAGGAUCCCCAUCUCAUUGGUAAGGAUCCCAUCUCAUUGAUAAGGACCCCAUCUCAUUGGUAAGGACCUCACGGACCUGAAGGGUCCAGGGGUGCCAGUUCUGCUCACCCACGGUUAGAGUCCCUUUGCUCUGUCACUGCGGUGCUCCUUUGCCCACCCACUUGACCGCAGCUAUCUUGCCCACCCUUCGGCUCCACCAGCGUUCUAGCCUCUUGCGUCCCCGCCCCACUCCCGGGAGGAGGGAAAACCCGGCCUGGAUCUGCCCACCUCAGCACUCCGCACCGCACACCCAGAUGCCGUCAGUCCCAACUCGUACUCAUUACAGGGGAGGGCCAUCAGCCCGCUCCCCCACCCAGCUGGCUCCUGCAGGGGGUUAAAAGCCCCCAGUGUCCCCCAUGCCCACCCUCCCAGAAGCCUCCGGCCUGGAUCACUCCUUUCAGGAUCUGAUUUCCUAGAGAGCCGAUGGGCCCGUUUCUCUGCAGGCGCUUGGACCACGGGGCAGGGGCUAGGCUGGGAGGCGAAGAAAGAAGAGGCGUUUCUGAGGAGCGGGACGCGGUUCUCGGGCGCAGAAGGGCUGGCCCUCCCGCAGGACGGCCUCUAUUACCUUUACUGUCACGUCGGCUACCGGGGUCGGGCGCCCCCUCCCGGCGUGGACCCCCUGGACCGCUCGGUCACGCUGCUCAGCCGGCUGUACCGGGCGGGGGGCGCCUAUGGAUCGGGGACCCCCGAGCUGCUGCUGGAGGGUGCGGAGACCGUGACACCUGUCUCGGACCCCGCCAGGAGGCACGAAUAUGGGCCCCUCUGGUACACGAGCGUGGGGUUCGGUGGCCUGGUGCAGCUCCGGAGGGGCGAGAGGGUGUACGUCAAUAUCAGUCACCCCGACAUGGUGGACUACAGGAGGGGAAAGACCUUCUUCGGGGCGGUGAUGGUGGGGUGAAGGCUAUCUGCAUCCCUAAAAACAACUACUGCCUGAUGAGAGUAUGUGAAUGAAUCAGCCCAAUUACUGGGGACCCAGACACCAGGGACCCCAUGGCUAUGUGGAAAAUGUAGAUGACUGUUUGGAAACUGAUUUUUGAGACCGAUGAAAAUAAAGAAUGUAAACUUUAAUGCUGCCAAUA